AUGGGUUUGUUGGAUCAAUACGAUACCACCAAAAGGGUGCAACUGCUCGUAUUUGUUGCGUUCCUUCAAUGUGCUGCUGGCUUUUAUCUGCCGGGCAGCUUCCCUCACAAAUAUAUGGUGGGCGACCAGUUAUCCGUGAAAGUUAAUUCCUUGACCUCAAUUGAGACAGAAAUCCCCUACGGCUACUACUCUUUGCCCUUCUGCAAACCCAAGGAGGGUGUCAAGGACAGCGCCGAGAAUCUGGGUGAGCUCCUCAUGGGAGACAGGAUUGAGAACUCUCCCUAUCGCUUUAAGAUGCGCGUCAAUGAGACUGAUGUUUUCUUGUGUCAAUCCGCCCCCUUAUCUGCCGACGAAUUCAAGAUCCUCACGGAGAGGAUUGACGAAAUGUAUCAGGUCAACAUUAAUCUCGAUAACCUUCCUGCGAUUCGUUACAUGACUAAAGAUGGCUACUUUCUCAGGUGGACAGGUUAUCCCGUUGGUACUAGGGUGCAAGGUGAUUAUUACGUGUUUAACCAUCUCAAGUUCACUGUUUUGAUUCACAAGUACGAGAAGAAUAACGUGGCUGGUGUGAUUGGGACCGGAGACGGGGCUGAAUUGAUCACCACCAAUGACCAGAAUCUAACCACAGACUCUCCUGGUUACAUGGUUGUGGGAUUUGAAGUCGUGCCCUGCAGCGUUCAGCACGAUUCUAAGCUGCUCAAGAAUCUAACCACCUACUCUAAGUACCCUUCGCCAAUUAAAUGCGAACCGGACAAAGUAAGCAUGCCUGUGAAGGAAGCUCAGCCGCUUACUUUCAGCUAUGAGGUCUCUUUCGUCGAGAGCGAUAUCAGGUGGCCGUCGAGAUGGGAUGCAUAUCUGAAGAUGGAAGGUGCAAGGGUUCAUUGGUUCUCCAUCCUUAACUCCCUCAUGGUCAUCGCUUUCCUAGCUGGAAUAGUUCUCGUCAUUUUUUUGAGAACCAUUCGGAGGGAUCUUGCUCGGUACGAAGAGCUUGACAAGGAGGCUCAGGCGCAGCUGAACGAGGAACUAUCCGGAUGGAAGCUAGUUGUUGGUGAUGUUUUUCGCGCACCGGACAAUGCAGAAUUUUUAUGCGUAGUGGUUGCCGAUGGGUGUCGAAUUCUAGGAAUGGCAGUUGUUACAAUCUUCUUUGCUGCGAUGGGAUUCAUGUCCCCUGCCUCUCGAGGAGCCCUGCUCACGGGCAUGCUUUUGUUUUACAUGUUCCUGGGCAUUGUGGCUGGUUACGUGGCUGUUUGGCUGUUGAAGACAUUUAAGUCGGGAGAAUUGUCUGGGUGGUUUUCGGUUUCGUGGAGGGUUGCUUGUUUCUUCCCCGGAAUUGCUUUUCUUAUACUGACAAUCCUGAAUUUUCUCUUGUGGGGAAGCCACAGCACGGGGGCGAUCCCAAUUUCGACAUUUGCAGUCCUGUUGUUGCUCUGGUUCUGCAUAUCCGUUCCCCUGACACUGGCGGGUGGAUUUAUCGGCACCAAAUCUCCGAGACUCGAAUACCCAGUUCGAACCAAUCAGAUUGCCCGCGAGAUUCCGCCUCAAAGAUUUCCUUCCUGGCUGCUAGCCUUCGGAGCAGGAACGCUUCCAUUUGGAACCCUCUUCAUCGAGCUCUUCUUUAUCAUGUCCAGCAUCUGGCUUGGCCGCGUUUACUAUGUAUUUGGGUUUUUGCUCAUCGUAUUUUUCCUGUUAGUUGUGGUGUGUGCAGAAGUUUCUUUGGUCCUGACCUACAUGAAUCUUUGUGUGGAGGAUUGGAGGUGGUGGUGGAAGUCGUUCUUUGCAUCGGGUUCGGUUGCAGUUUACAUCUUCCUCUACUCCGUAAAUUAUCUUGUUUUCGAUCUCAAGAACCUGAGCGGACCAGUCUCUGCAAUUCUGUAUCUGGGCUACUCUCUCUUGAUGGCCAUAGCAGUAAUGCUUGCAACUGGGGCCAUCGGCUUCCUCUCUUCUUUCUUAUUCGUGCAUCGUCUCUUCUCCUCGGUGAAGAUUGACUGA